CAAAUUUGGGACAUAUUUUGCGAUUUUAUUUUUUAUUUUAUAAUUUAAUUAAUUAUUUUAUAAUUUAAUUAAUUAUUUUAUAAUUUAAUUAAUUAAUUUAAAAAAGACCAAAAAAACCUUCCAUAACUGUGUGGCUGCAUUAACGGAAGCCUAUUGUGGAUCUUGUAAGUCAAUCUGAAACAGGACACGUUCCUCUCACGUCCCAAUUCAACAAAGCCUCACAUCUUUUAAACGUGGUGUUGAUAUAUUUGUCGUUAUGAAAUGAAACUAAACACACACACCGAACUUUUACAAUUAUGUUAUUGAUAAUGUUACCACGGACAUGCAUGCUUUUUUUACAAGUUCCUCAGGUCACAUGAGCCCUUUUUUGCGGGCAGAGUGGUCGUAGACUCGUAACUUAGCUGCAUGCGUGAUCUGAGUUGCUUGGUUGCAUUAGUAUUAGCGAUUGGAACUGGGAGAACAAGUGAUUCAAGUGACUCAAGUGACUCGCACAACCCGGAUCAUAUUAGUGAGUGACUCAGAAUAACCCGAAUCCUUAAAAAGAUCCGGGUUGACCAUCACUAAUUACAAUUACUGAAAUUUAAAUGAGUUCGUUACUCGCGUUACUCUAUUUUGUAAAAAAUAGACAACAUAUCUGACGUCGCAGGACCGUGGUUGGCGGCGCAAGAUUCAUUACACUUCAUCAUAGCUGACAGUGCAUAUAGAAUGAACAUGAAAAAUCUAUACGGGACAACAUACCUUUGUUUAAAAAUUGUGCGCAAGUCAUAAUCCAUCCGGACUCCUGUUUGUAAAUUAUCUUCACCAAGUAAUCCCGGCAUGACAUUAACUUGCAUUUGUAGUCCACAAAAGUAAUAAAUCUGAGAAAUGCUCAUAUAUUCUUAGAUGUUUACAUCGGCCUUCAUGGAAGAGAAAGAUCCGCGAUUGUUGUUUCCACUAAAAUAUUCACACUGCACUGUACGCCCGUGUUAAAAAAACUCCAUAGCAUGUGUGAGCUCGCUUUUAGUUUUAGUUUCAGUCUCUCCAUAUCCGAAAAAAACAAUCCACUCGCUCUGUGUCCGUCCGACAAAACAAUCCACGUUGCCUACUCCGUUUUCUGAUUAAAUAUCUUCAUUUAAUCCUGUGUAUCAUUUAAAUCCAACAGAAAAUAUAUACAAACAGUAUAUGACCAAAGAGCACAGUCCCUGCCGCGAGCUUCACAAGCUGUGUUCCAAUUCAAGGGCUGCACCCUACUAAGCAUGCGAUAAAAGGUGAGCACUCAGCCUUUCAAGGCGCUCAGAAGUUCGCGAAGAGAACUGAAAUGAGACGGUCUAACCUUCGGAGGACCCAUAAUUUGCGUCACCUGCUGCACGCGCACCGCGCCUGUCAGCAGGACACAGCGGAGACGUUUCUAACUUAUUAAAAUAAAUAUGAAAUCUGAAAAAUUUUAAUUUAUUUUAGAAAAUAUGACAUGUUGACACAAUUGUCUCCAAAUUUUUAAAGAGACACUACACAAUUUUAACACAUUAAAUAUUUUUGUAAACAUGCAGAAUAUUUGUCUAAAUGAACUAAAUGAUAUACAUUAAUAAAGUAAGUUUACAUAUUAAGAUCAUUUCUAACAAAAAUAUUCAAAGGUUGAAUCUAAAGCAAAACAGCCUCCUACAGUAUGUGAUAUAUUAGAGUCUUAAGGCCAAUUCACACUGCACAGACAAAUGCCAACAGACACCAACAGACAAGUUGGCAGUUGGAUUUAGAAUUUUAUGAAAACUAACUGUCAUGUUCACACUGCACCAACAGACACAGACAAACUGAGUCAGACAGAUUGAAGUCUUGAUUUGUAAAAAUGGAUGAUCCUGUAACCACUAUCAAAAUUUACUGUUACUAAUGUCUUUGCGUGUCAUUCUUCGCUUGAAAAGACGGCAAGUUAAACGAAAGAGGCUUUGGGUAAAGCCAUGGUUGCUGCGACGGGAUAGACAGGGUGCCUACACGAAUUUAUGUAGAGAACUGCAGUCGGAAGAUUUACAAAGCUUUCAUAAUAAUUCAAUAAUUCAAAGGCAAAAUACUAAUUUCAGAGAGUCCAUUUCACCAGGUGAACGCCUAAUGAUAACUCUUUGCUUCUUAGCAACAGGUAAGUUGUAAUAGUUUAUAUUUCAUCUUCCAGCAGUUUAAGUAAUUUCAAGUGUUGAUAGAUAGGUUAAUUAGACAAGAUAUAGAUUGAAAUGUUCAAUGUUGUAAUUCUAAACAUUUUUUUAUUAUUAUUCACAGGGGAAUCAUUUCGUAGCCUGCACUACGCUUUUUGCAUCGGAUGCUCAACUUUAAGCGAGCUUAUUCCUGAAACAUGUAGAGCUAUCUAUCAGGUUCUCAAAGAAAAGCAUCUUAAGUGCCCUACAACAGCAGAUGAGUGGAUAAAAGUGUCUGAAGGAUUCCAAACCACUGCAAAAUUUCCCAAUUGCCUAGGGGCUUUGGAUGGCAAACACAUACGGAUUAGACCCCCACCUCAAUGCGGAGCACAGUUCUUCAAUUAUAAACACUUUAAUUCAAUUGUUAUGAUGGCUUUGGUUGACAGCAAUUAUAGAUUUCUUUAUGUUGAUGUAGGGUGUAAUGGAAGGGUGUCUGAUGGUGGAGUUUUCAGAGGGACAACACUACAAGAGUCUUUAGAGCAGAGAACUGCAAACAUUCCCCAACCCACCCCAUUGCCAGGGACAGACAUUCCAAUGCCUUUUUUUGUUGUGGCAGAUGAAGCUUUUCCUCUGAAACCUUACUUAAUGAAGCCUUUUGCCAGGAGGGGGCUUUCAAGAGAGCAGAGAGUCUUCAACUACCGGCUAUCACGUGCCCGCCGUAUUGUUGAAAACACCUUUGGCAUCUUUGCUAACAGAUUUAGGGUUUUUUUAACCACAAUUAACCUACAACCAAAUGUUGUGGAAGAUAUUGUUCUUGCAUCUUGUGCCCUUCACAACUAUUUACAUGACGAAUGCGUCAACGCUUAUAUGUGUGAAAUACCUGAUCAGGAUGGGCAAGAAACAUGGAGGCAAGAUCCUACCAUGCAACAGGCAGCACUGCCAAGGUCCACAAAUGCAAGUAAUGAAGCCAAAUUAUACAGAGAAAGGCUGAUGGAGUACUUUAAUUCAGAGGCAGGAGCUGUUCCUUGGCAAUGAGAUAGAAUAUAGUGGCACAAUUUCUGUGUCAAUCAAUACCCAGAUAAUAUAUAUAAGUUAAAAUGAUAGUGAACAAAUGAUAACAGUAAAAAAAUAGAUUCAGACUAUACAUUCUUUAUGGUUCUUUUAAAACUUUUUUUAUACAGGUUGAGGUGACCUAUUAAUGGCAUUGAGCUAAACUGCUGUACAUAUUUCUCAGUCCCCAUAUCCAAUUAAACAUACUGUACUGUACUGUAUUGAAUAAACUUACAUUGUGAACAUCAA